AUGCAUGCUCGAGACGCUACCGGCCGCCAGGUCUCCCUGUUAAACGACGAACCCGUCGUUCAACCCAUGCCACAACGCCUGAGCUACCGCACUGCAAACCAAGUCAUAUCGCAACCUUUCCAUCCCGCAUCACGUAGCAACUCUUCCUCACCUCAUACACCCGAACUCCUUCGAUCAGACUCGUACGAUUCCAACGCCAGCAGCGACCCCUUGUCACCUCUCACGCCCACCUCAUAUGACUCUGUUCGAGCCACCGGCUUCCCUUCUGGUCAGCACAUGUUUGAUGAAUACGACCAAAUUCCCUCUAAACGUCCGGCUUACGCCAACAACAGCCGCGCCAAUUCUUAUGAGGAAGACAGCUCGGCAACAUCGCCUAUGCCCGAACGCCCCGGAAAGCGAUAUCCUUGCCGCUACCGCGACAGCCAUGGAUGUGAGAAGACUUUCACCACCUCGGGCCAUGCCUCCAGGCAUUCCAAAAUCCACACGGCCGAGAAAGCAGUCCAAUGUACUUUCCACGGUUGUCAGAAGAAGUUCACCAGAGCGGAUAACAUGAAGCAGCAUCUUGAGACGCACUACAAAGAUAAAUCCCGGUCCUCAGCAUCAGCAAAGGCAGCUGCACGAUCUUCGCUUGGCGCGCUCUCAACAUCCGGCCGCCGCUCGUCCUCCGCAUCAUCUCGUACUGCCAUCAGCAGCCGUGCUCCGAGGGAUCAGCCCAUGUGGGAUGCGGAAACGUAUGGCGGUUACCCGCCUGGUCAGGCACCCCUCCCUUCUCCUGUCACUGCUAAGGGCACAUGGGACUUGCGCGGCUUAAAUCUUCCGCUCCUUAGCCGCCCAAGUGCUGUAAGGACUCCUAGCAGCGGCUUGGACGCCCUGGCUAUGGCAGUAGCUUGUCAAGAAGGUGCUUAG